AUGACAAUUGAUACUUUGACGAUUCUGUGUCUAACAUUAACUAUUUUAAAUUCAACCACUACGAAUGGUCAAGAGGUAUGUACGCCUGGAUGGACAAAAAUAAGUAAUCGUUGUUUUAAAUCAUUUGAGAUAAGGACAACCUACGGUAUUGCCCGUAGUUCUUGUCAACAACUGUCUGGCGAUUUAGCCGUUGAUGAUUCUGUUAUAAUCCAUAACGCCUUGUAUAACUUACUCCUAAAACAUAAACCUUACUGGAUUGGAUUAGAAAAGCGAUAUGGAGAUAACUUAAGCUGGGAUUAUCGGUGGUUGGCUACUGGUCAGAGUGUGAUACAUGGCCCGCAGUUUUGGGCUAACAGCAAUCCAGUGGAAGGACCAGAUAGAUGUGUAUUUAUUAUUAAAGUCAAUCGAUUUCAUUCUUAUUGGCGAAAUAAAAAUUGUAGCUAUCUGCACAGGUACAUAUGUCAGAAGUCAGCAGAGGAAGUUUCUUUAUCUUCUAUACCCGUUGUUAGCAUAAGUGUAGAAAGCACUGAUCCUCCUACUACGGAAUUAAAUCCUUUAUAUUCGAUUAUUUCACAAGUUGACGUUGGAACCAGCAAGAUAGAUUCUUCAUCGCCAUCAAUUACUUUAUCCAGUAAUACCAACAUUUUUUCAUCUCCUCUGCCCGUCACUAGCACAAGCGUAAAAAGCAAAGAUGCUUCUGCUACGGAAGUAUAUGCUUUAACUUUGACUACUUCGCAAGUCAACAUAGAAACCAGCGAGAUAGCUUCUUUAUCACUAUCAAUUACUUUAUCUAGUAAAACUAUCAUUUUAGCAUCUACUGUCAAUAAAUUAGAAUCAUCGAUUUCUACUGAUUCUAAUAAUAACAUUAUCUCUAGUUUGUAUGAGGAUGCAGUGAUAUUAUCAUCGCCUUCUCCUGAUUUUAAUGUUAACAUCAGCGCAAGUACGGAUAAGAAUCCACUGAUAUCAUCGGCUUCAUCAUUCACUUUGGCUAUAGAGUCAUUGACUUCUACUGAUUCUAAAGUUUACAUCAGCUCAAGUGCGGAUGAGAAUCCAUUAAUAUCAUCGGUUUCAUCAUCUGUCUUCAUUCUUGAUCAUAAUCUCAGAGUCGCUUUAACAGUAAAUACGGCGAUGAGCGACAGUGAACGUUUUACUAGCAGUAAUGAACAGGCCUCAUCCUCUAGUAGUUCUAGUAACAACGCACUAUUAACAACUAGUGAACUAUCGCUGCUAGCAUCUACUACUACUGAUUCUUUCUUAAGUUUAAGCAUGCAUGAAGAUCUGUCUACUUCCAUUGUCGAUAAAGAGACUUUUGUUUUGGAUAGCCAGAAUUUAUUAUCCAGCUUAUUGACCAACAGUAGUUUUGAUAAUGUUAUAAUGGCAACGACAGCUGUGGGAUCGCAGCAGCUUCCUUCUACUACUUCAGGCCUUAACAUUAAUUCUACCACGUUUGAAGAUUCAUUAAGACCGUCCAUUUUAUCAUCGAAUUUUGUAAUCAAUAGUGCCUUGAGCAUCACUUCAGCAACACCUACAGUUAUAAUCGCUGAAAAGGGCUCUGAUGCCUACAAUCAAUUGGUAAUAUCUAGCUCAUGGAUUAAUAGUAAUUCUGAGGUUAUUCAGCUAUCAACUGCAACUAAUCAUCUACCGCUGACAGCUUAUGUUACUCUACAAUCACACAUUAGCUCAAGCAUAAACGAGUAUUCCUUGAUGGUAUUAAUAAUAGAUGAUAUCAUCAUAAACGAUGCCACUGUUACAGUAACGGACGUAAAAGACGAAGGGAACGCCACUCUUCAUCAGCAGUUAUCGUCGAAUUCGUCGAUGCAGAGCAGUUCUAGCAUCACUAUUGAUACCCCUACGAUUGCUAAUAAUUCGCCGUUGCUUUCUUCUAACCUUUCCGUCUCCGAUCCUAGCUUAUAUAAUACGAAAGAAAAUUUAUUAUCAUCACUAUCAGAUCAUGGAAUGACCGGUGAUUAUAAUACCUGUAUAACUUGUAAUAAUCGCCCCAGCUUUACAACUAUGGACAUAUUUCAGCAUCCUAGAACCCUUUCAGUGACGACAAUACCACCAUUAGAAUAUUCUACCAGUUCUUCUCCAGUCUCCGCAAACAUCACUCUGAAUCAGUCGUCGUCAGCGGAUAAUGAAAGCUACAUAGCCAAUCAUGUCAAGGCUAGUAAAAUGAUUGAUGAGAUACAAGAAACUAACAGUCAACUUAUAGUAAAUAUAACUGAUACCGUGGAUAAGAAUCCUGGCUUAAUUCUUACGCAGAUCGAUAAAUUUGACACGAAUUUAGCUAAAAAAAUUAAUCAAGCUAAUAUUACUACACAGUUUAGGAUGUCAACGCCACAGUCAGAUCACACUGUAACUGUGGUAGUGCGAACUUAUAAUGUCAAAAGGAAUUGGGCAGAAAAUAACGCUAAUGGCAAUAACAGCAUCAUUAUUUCCAGCAUUUUGUCUUGCUCUGUGUACCCACCACAAGACAAAAAUUUUACAGUGCCUGUCCAUCUUCACUUUAAAAUUCAAUAUGGACAGGCGCUUACUGGGCCUCACGACGCUAACCUCCGUUAUAUAACUUAUGCCGGAUACUCUGCCUCGCUAUUUGCCUUAUUGGUUAUGAUAACAAUAUUAAUUAGCAGCAAGAAAUUUUACACAGUAAAGCACUUUAUUCACCUUAAUUUGGCUGUUGCUAUGGUAGUUUCGAUUAUUGGAUUCUUAGCUGGCAUACAUGCAACGCAACUGCCGCUUCUUUGUACUAUUAUCGCUGUUGGAUUGCAUUUUUUCUAUUUGGCAAGCUUAACAUGGAUGAUGAUGGAGGCCUUACUACUUUUGCAAAAAAUCUCAUCGAUGCGGAAAACUAUUGACCUAAAAAUUAGGCGGUUAUAUUUUAUUGCAGGAUGGUUGCCUCCUGCAGUAAUAGUCGCAGUGGCCACGUGCACUGGGAUAGACGCAUACCGCAAUUCAAAUAACUGUUGGAUUAAAAAUGCAAGCCCUCAAAUGUGGUUCUUUGUUGGUCCAAUUAUUUUAAUUGUUGUGAGUAACAUUGCCAUUACAAUUACGGCUGUAAAAGCGCUCUUCUCGAUUACAGUUAUGGUCCAAAAAUCUGAAAUUCAAAAAUUCAAAGUUGGAAUUAGAGCUGUGACUUCGCUAAUCUUUCUCUUUGGUGUAUCUUGGUUAUUUGGUAUCCUAUAUUAUGCUACAGAUAAUAUCGCUUUUGCUUACUUAUUUACAGUUUUGAAUUGCCCACAGGGGCUUUUAAUCUUUUACUUUCAUUGCUUUCGAGAUCAUGAUGUGCAAGAGUACUUUCAGAAAAGAACUAAAUUUGGUACAAUGAUAUUUCCAAUGCAAUCCAUGAGAGAUACUAGCGGGGAAACGCGAAGUGAAGAUACGCGUGCUAGUCGUAACGUUAAAAUUCCAUUAUUACCACUUUCUACGGAUAAUAUUUCAUGCAACUCUGUAGAUAUUCGACGAGAUUCUAAAAGUUUGAAUAAGAUACAAGAAAGAUUUAUCUUCAGUAUCAUUUGCUGA